UACUUUUCCCUUUCGCGUUUCGUUAGGAUCGUCCCUCUGAGCCGCCGUAGCAAUGAUAAACAUUGACAAGCAGCUGUUCCGUUAGUAUUAUGUUACAGAGCUCACGUGUACGAUUUUAUUGCGUGGAGUGCAUCCGAGUGUUGUAGAAUAAACCUAGCUGUGGCUCUAAUAAAGCGAUGGAUCCCGUCAUAAAAAUCAACCCGGGAGGAUCGAAAUGGGACAUUCGUCAGAAAGUUUGGGACUACAUAGAAGAAAAGAAUCUGGCAAACUUUCCGAGGCCCGUCCACAACAGAAUCCCAAAUUUCAAGGGUGCCGUUAAGGUGUGCUACAGCCUUGCAGGCCUGCAGGAGUUCAAGUCCAGCCAGACAGUCAAAGUUAACCCAGACAGACCCCAGCAGCAGGCACGCUUUAUCACCUUGGAAGCACGGAAAACUUUGUUGGUCCCAACUCCUCGUCUUCGUACAGGCCUUUUCAAUAGGAUAACUCCACCUCAAGGGGCUAGCAAAGAACAACUACGCAUAUGUUCUUCCUCUCAGGGUGUGAAAGACUUCAGUGUACCUGUUGGCCUGGAUGCAAAAAUUAAAAUUGACCUGAUGGUGGUUGGUUCUGUGGCGGUGUCGGAGAAAGGCUUUCGGAUUGGAAAAGGAGAAGGCUUUGCUGACUUGGAGUAUGGAAUGAUGGCUUCAAUGGGUGCCGUGAAUGAGUCUACUGUGGUGGUUACUGUUGUCCAUGACUGCCAGGUGAUGGACAUUCCAGAAGAUCUAAUGGGAAGUCAUGACCUGACUGUAGACUACAUCCUCACACCGACCAGAGUUAUUAAAACAGAUUGCCAGUUGCCUAAGCCACGUGGAAUCAUCUGGAAUAAGUUGGAUACAGAAAAGCUGCAAAAGAUCCCCAUCCUGAAGAAGCUGCGUGCUCUUGAAGAACAAGCUGGAAAGGAUGUAACACUGGGGGCAGCGCCUGUUGCGACAGGAGCUGGUCUGCACGCCAGUCAACCCAAAAGGCAAACCAGGCGGAGGCCGAGGCCAAACACACAGCAGGAUGCUGAGGGAGAAUCCAGCCAGGACUCGAGACUGGAAAAAAGAAUAGAGGGAGAACCAAAAGCCAGACAGCAUCUGACUAGAAUGAGUAAAGAAAGCAGAGGAGACGGCAAGGCAGGUAAUGAGCAAGAAACUGGCAAGACAAUAAAGGGAAAAAGUAGAGGGAACACAAAGGAGCAGGUCCCAGAAGAGGGUGGAAAUGAAGUCAAAUCUCAGCGUAAGCUCCAUCUGAGUGUGACCACAGUUUAUCUGGGAGGCAUCCCUGCUGGGCUGCGUGUUAGUGAGCUGAAAACUGCCCUCCGAGAGAGGGAGGCCACUCCACUGAGACUCACCUGGCAGGGAGCUCAGCACAGGGCCUUCCUGGAUUACAGUGACCCCCAGGCUGCAGAUCAGGCCCUGGAGGCUCUGCAGGGGCUCUCUCUGAAUGGUCACAGUCUGCAGGCUGAACUGGCCAAGAGCCAGCGAGGGGGCAGGAAAUCUGGACACUUCAGUAGAAGACCAAAACCAGCAGCGGCUCCGAAGUCUGAAGAAUCAGCACCAGAUGCUAAGAGUGAUGCCACAGAAAAAACUGAGCAGUAAAAGUAGUAAGAAAUAUACUUAAUGUAAUGCUUAAGUUGUUUACAAUUUUGGACAACUGCAAACACCAUAAAAAGAGUUGAUAUUUUUUUUUUUUUUUUUUUUUUGCUUUAAAAAAAAUAAAUAAAUCAAAAAAUAUGAACAAAAAUGUGAUUUAUUAGAAGAGAACAUUUAGUCAUUUGAACCUAGCAGGCUUGACUAAAUAUUAACAACACCUGAAACUAUGAGAGUAGUGAACCUUGUGCUGAUUUGAAUCCAGACAAAUUCUGUAAUGACUAAGAUUUUGCUGUUAGGUGGGAUACAAGAGCUUUUUUCUUUAAAUUUGUCCCAGUCGUUCCUUUUUUCUCUUCAAAGUGCCUUUAUCAGAGAUUCUUAGAAACACAACACUCAUUUUCUCUUUCAGUCUACAAACUGUAUGCAGUGCUUUUGCUACCAUACAAUAAUUGAAAAAAAAAAAUAAAAAAGGCUAGUGCUUUUUUUUUUUUCUCUCAAAACCAGCUGUCAGUAUUGUCACAUCCAUUAUGUUGCCAGACCUGUUUGUCUGCAUCCUCCUUGUUUAAAAAUGGGUUAGUUUUGUUCAAAAUGGCACCUCCGUGUGGCAAGUCACAACAUUUGAUCAUUUGAGUCACGAAGCUAGGAGUAAAAUAUAACAUUUCAUCAUCUAACAAUAGUCUAGCCACACAGGCUUCAACCUUUGACCAUUUUUGUCUUUUUCAUUGUCCAAAUUCAUCCAGAUUUACAGAACUUGUGAACAGGCUCCCAGUGUUUAUGCUACUUUAAUGAGACUACAGAAAUAUGAGUUCACAAAUAACCGUGACUUAGUUAUGAUUUUCUUGACUUAAUUGAUUCUUGUACAUAACACGGGAUUAUUGGAUAGUCUCUACUAUUGUAUGAUUUUCUUUUCUUUUUUUUUAACCAUGAAGUUCUGAAUCAGGCGGAUUACAACAAUAAACAGGGGAAGAGCUAAAGGCCUCUAUUGCUGCUGUUCUGUUUUUUGUUUUUGUUUUUUCAUAGAUUGCUGGUGUUCAUUUGUACAGUUAUAUUUGCACCAUUAUAGUGACUAAAUACAAAUUUAUUCAUUGUAUUUGGUUGUGGUUCGGCCAGUGAAAGAGUGACUAUUAGAUAAAUUUGCUUCACGUGACUUUACUUAAUUCUUCACUAAAGCAUUUUGACUGUACCUGUUAACACUGAGUGUCUUUUUAUGAAAAACAAACAAAAAAGAAAAAUGAGGGAUUAUAAAUGUUCACAAGGUUUUGCAGAAUUUAAGAAAUUACAGUGAUUGGAGAUCCGACUCUGAAGUUCCCCACCACCUCAAACCAUCGUUCUCAUGAAGAGGCAGAACUAUGUUGUUAGUGGUUAAAUAUGAUAUUUCAGGCCCAUUAUUGGAUUUUCACAAAACUUGAUGUGUUUCACCCAGUUGUAACAUAUAAAAUGUCAGCUUGUAAACUUUAAAUAGUUUUAAGCUGUUCACAAAACUUAAAGAAAACGUUAAAAGAUUAAUUUGUUUUUGCGGAGUGACAUUUUUCUUAUUCUCGGUUUGGAAAAUGUGUCUGUUAACAUUACCUUCAAACUUCUGUAAACCCGAGUGCUAGAUAACUUGCCCGAUGACUCUUAUUUUUUUCUGUUUACACCUGUCUCUGUAGCUGCACUGCCAUUACCUAAGAAAUUAACCCAUAGAUGUCCUGUUUGCACUAAAGUCUUGGCAGGCUUGGGACACAAGCAGUGUGUCUGUCUGCACAGUACAGGCCUCUGGCUUUUUAUGGAGCUGUCAUCCAGGCCUGGCCAGGGAACAGCUGUGGAACGCCAUCUCUCUCCCUCAGCCCUCCAGAGCACUGAACCUUGGCAAAUGUCAUCAGUUUGUUAAUGCUCUGUUCCACUGCUGUUAAGCCUGCUUACCCCUGUGCUCAAUGGCAUGCUCGUUUUACUGGGGUUCAGUCAGUGGUCAUGUGGUGAGAUUGCAAAGCGUAUCAACGUGGAGCAUGUUACAUCCCCUUGUAAAGAUGUAUGUGUACACACAAACAUCAGCAAACAUGACUUAACCAUCAAGAUUAAAGAAGAUAACAAAAGGCCUCAAACCACAGUCGGUUUACUUAAUCUAAAUCACAAGCAUGAGCAUCGGAUUAAUCUGCACUGACUGUGCUGAUGCGCUAAAUAGAUUGUACCCGCCAUACUCUUACAUUAGGAACACCUUUUUAAACGCCAUAAAUGUUGCUUGAAACUUGAGGAAAUUUAAAAUAAGAAACGAGGUCCAGAUUUUUUUUUUUUUAAUGAUUUGCGGUCAUUCAGAUGAAAAAAAAAAAUGCCAAAUUGGUUUUAAGCCGCACAACCAUGCGUGUUUGUGAAUGUCGAAAAACAACUGUUAUAAUUAAUGGAUCAGAAAUCUGAUAAAGAAAAAAAAAUCGUGUCCCUUUAUAAUAAUUAGCAUCUGUAAAAUUAAAAUAUUUUGACUGAGAUAAGACAACCAGGAUUUUACACAGUCUCGUUAUGCGUAUUAUUUAUGAGUACUUUUAACUGCUCAUUAUUUUUGUAUCUUUGCAGUAUAAAGCAUGAUUGGUAUUUCUAUUAUAUGUAACAAAAACAACUCAUUUUGGAUGACAAAUAAAGAUGUUCCUCUUUAUGAAAAAAUCGGCCCUACUUUUUUCUGUGUUUUUAAUUUUCCUACGCCCAUUUUCUGUUGUAUAAUUACGCAUUUUGCGGAACACUCCAAAACUAUUUAUUACAGACGUUAUGUUGGUUAAAUUAGGUCAGCACAAUUUAUUGUAUUUCCACCAUGGCAAGAAAUGUUCUUUGGACAAAUGCUUCUGAGGAAAACAACUGGCUCACUGCCAGAGCAACGGGACUGCUGCAGGUUUUCACCCUGUAACCAGACGCGGGUGAGAUCUCUGCCUCGGAUUUGUUACGCCUUAACUGCUGCACACUCUCAACAGAUCGAAGACAUGUUUCGAUUAACCUUUCAAACCAGUGACUGUUAAUGUUCAUCGGUCGACCAAUGGAUUGGGAAAAGUUUAGUUUCUUCUAAUAAUGCUAAUUUUCAAAGUUAGACAUCACCAACUGUAGGUGAAAACAAACUGCUGCAGUAAUUGCUUAAAAUAGAAGACCUAACUGCACCACAGUGACAACUGUCUGUAGUACCGAUGGUACCGGUUGUGCUUUAAACCCCAUAUAAACGAACCAUCGCUUUACAUUAAUGAAUUGCAAUUAUAUAUAUUUACACGAGAAGGCUGCUGAAUAAUUGGACACACACAAAAAAAGCUUCCCAUCUUUAAAUAAGCUAAUUUGGGGUUAAUUAUGCAACAAGGAUCACUGUCUUCGCAUCUGUUUACAAGGCAUGUUUGCUUGCAGGACCAUCGCCCCCGAAAAUUGUCUGUGUGCGAUAAAAUCGAAAUGUAUCUCGUUUGGUGGAAUUGCCGGCUUAAAGAGCCGAAAAGAUAUUUUAUUUCUUAAUGCUUUGUUGUAAUAUAGUCUAAAGACAAACCCUCGCUGAUGGACCCUUUGCUAGACUUUUUUUUCCCCUUCUUCUACCAAUGUGUAUACAAUGCUGAAAGUAAUGGUCUACAUACAUCUGACACAAAAGACAUAACAGUGUUUACAAUAUAUCCUCAAUUUUUCAUUUUAAAACAAAUAAUAAGCGUUCUGACAAAUAUUGCCAAUAAAGCAUAUAACUCCUUGGCCAGUUCGCCUGAAAUUAAAAUAUAGGCCUACAGAAUAAAUAAAAAAAAAAA